AUGAAAAUUCACUAUAAAAGAGCAAGUUUUGACAGACAGUUCACAUUAGCUCUUGAGGAUGGUUGUUGUCUGCAUGGGGACUGUGAGGAUGUCCCAGAUGUGGAUGCUGAGAUGGGUCGUCCUACUGCUGGGGCUCCAGUUGACACAAGCAGCUCUGCCUUUGACACAGUCUCCCAUGAAUUGCUUAUUUCUCGUCUCUCAGAUUUGGGUAUUUCUGUGUUCCCUGACAUGACAAAUGUGAUCGUAACUACAGUUGUACCAAAUCCCGAUCAUCAGUCCACGAUCUGUAGCACAUGGGGAAAUUUCCACUUCAAGACCUUCGAUGGUCAUUUCUUUCAAGUGCCAGACACGUGCAACUACAUUCUGGCUGAGUUGUGCAACAGCAAGUAUUUUAGCAUUGAAAUGCAAAAAAAGAUAAUAAAUAACUCAGUCAUUUUCAGCAAAAUCACAGUCAAUCUGGAGGGCACAGUCAUUGAACUCACCACCAACAACAUCAUCAUGGAUAACAAAGUGCUGUAUAAUACAACCAUUAAGAAUGGAAUUACAGUCGAUUUGAGGGCAUCAAGUGUUAAGAUCUCAAAGAAUCAUGAAGUGAAUGUCUUUUGGGAGAAGGGCCGAUCAUUACUGAUUGAACUUCCGAAAAAGUACCAAAGCCAGACCUGUGGACUUUGUGGAAACUUCAACGGCAACAAGACUGAUGAUUCAUUUGACAACGGUUUGGCGACAUGGAAAGUGUUACCAACUGAAUCCUGUGAGGUCUUAAUAAUUCAUCCUAAUGAUCAGUGCAAAAACCAGACAAACAUUUGCCAGCAGCAUCUCAGCAGGCCGGGGUUUAGUGACUGUUACAGGGUGAUGGACAUGAGUUCAUUUGAAAAAGCCUGCGAAGACGAUCUGUGUCAGUGUUACGGCAAUGAUGACUGUCUCUGCAACACGCUCACAGAGAUUUCACGACUGUGCACACAUGCUGGAGGAGAACCAGGAACAUGGAGGACAGAACAGCUCUGUCCAAAGACGUGUCCUCUGAACAUGCAAUACCUGGAGUGUGGGAAUCCGUGCAAGAACACCUGCUCAGGUCCAGAUGCAAGUGUACUGUGUAAAGAACACUGUGUGGACGGCUGUUUCUGCCCUCUUGGUACGGUUGAGGAUGACAUUGGUCACAGUGGUUGUAUUCCUGUGAACAAAUGCCUUUGUGUGCACAACGGCACAGUAUAUCAAUCAGGAGAGUCUUACAAACAAACUUGCAAAAAAUGUGUGUGUGCCGCUGGACACUGGACUUGUACAUACCUGGAAUGUCCCGGAAUCUGCUCUGUUGUUGGAGGGUCUCACAUCACCACUUAUGAUGGAAAGACCUUCACCUUCAGCGGCAACUGUGACUACAUCCUCACUAAGCGCUCUAAUGACAGUGAUAUUGCUGUCAUGGGAAACCUGGCAAAGUGUGAUCAGACCCGAUCAGACACAUGUCUAAAUUCAGUUACCCUUGUCAUCCCAGGGACCACUAUUCGUUUUUCCUCCAAUGGUGUUGUGACACUGAAUGAAGAUGGUCCAUAUAAGCUUCCUGCCACCACAGGUCCUGUGAGCAUUUUUAAGCCCUCUUCCUCCUUCAUCAUUGCUGAUAUGAAGAGUCUUCGUCUAGAAAUCCAGUUGGCUCCAGUUAUGCAGUUGUAUAUUGUUGCCAACCCUGACGAGAAAGGAAAGAUGAGCGGUCUAUGUGGCAACUACAAUGAUGUCCAAUUAGAUGACUUCAAAAUAGAGUCGGGCAUCACCGAGGGCACACCAAUAACCUUUGUCAACUUUUGGAAAAACCAAAACAGUUGUCUAAAUCUUGAAAACACAUUUGACAACCCCUGUAGCCUGCAUUCGGAGAUAGAGAAAGUAGCUAAAAACUGGUGUUCCUGUCUUACAAACCCAAAAGGAGUUUUUUCCGCAUGUCAUUCAGAAAUAUCUCCUGAGAUUUACUACCAAUGGUGUGUCUAUGACACCUGCAAAUGUGCAGAUAUUAGGAAGUGUAUGUGUGCGGCUGUGUCCAACUAUGCCCACUCCUGUGCUGCCAGAGGAGUCAUUCUCCAGGGCUGGAUGGAUUCAAUCACCUGUGUGACUAAGUGUCCAGGCAACAUGAAGUACUCCUACAGCGUGACCAGCUGUGGCAGCACAUGCCGCUCUCUUAGUGGACAAGAUAGCACCUGCCAAGGGUCCUUCACACCUGUAGAUGGUUGUGUAUGCCCUGAGGACACCUACCUCAAUAAUGACGGCAGCUGUGUGACUGCUGACCAGUGUUCUUGUUACAGUGGCAACCAGGUCAUAAAACCAUCAGGAAUAAUCUACAAUAAUGGUGUUAAAUGCACCUGUAACCUUGGCAAAUUACACUGCUCCAGCCAAGAAGACUGUGUGAAUCCAAUGGUCUUCUUCAACUGCUCAAAACAUGAACACGGACACAAAGGGACGGAGUGUCAGAGGACAUGUGAGAAACAAGACCCCAACAAUUGCGUGAGUACAGGGUGUGUAUCAGGGUGUAUGUGUCAAAAUGACCUUCUAGUUGAUGGGGAAGGUAGGUGUGUGGAGAGGAAAAAUUGCACCUGUGUCCACAAUGGGCUCAUCUAUUCACCUGGAAAACAAGUUCAGGAGGACUGUAACACCUGCACAUGCAAAAAUGGGAUGUGGACUUGUACUGAAAAGACAUGCUAUGGUACCUGUACCAUCUAUGGUGAAGGUCAUUUUAGGACUUUUGAUGGCAGGAGAUACUCCCUCUACAGAGAAUGUGAACACACCAUAGCCCGUGAUAAUUGCAAUAUGGACCAGACUCUCUCCUUCAGCAUUGUCACACAGAACAAAUUCUGUGAGACCACCAGCACCAUCUGCAAGUCUAUCAGUCUCAAAUUUGGGAGAUAUGAGAUUCAUUUUUCCGAGGAUGAAGUCAAAGUUAUUGGCAAUGACACUGAUUACCAAUAUCAGAUUCAUACUGCAGGGAUAUAUAUUGUCACAGAGGUCAAAGGUCUUUUGAACUUAAUCUGGGACAAUAAAACAAGUUUGAUGCUCCAACUUGAUCCCAAAUUUAAGGGCAAGGUGUGUGGACUGUGUGGAAACUUUGAUGGUAAUGCGAACAAUGACUUUAUGAAGCACAAUGGAGAAGUGGUGACGGAUCCAGCAGAUUUUGGGAAUAGCUGGAAGGCGAAUCCUGACUGCCCAGAUUUGACAAACAUGAUAGACUUUUGUAAAGAAAGUCCACAUCGGCUUGUCUGGGCUGAAAAACGAUGCAGCAUCAUAACAAGUGAUGUCUUUAAAGUUUGUCACGCACUUGUGGAUUCUGGACUAUACUAUGAUGCCUGUGUAAAGGACACCUGUGCAUGUGACACUGGGGGUGACUGUGAUUGUUUCUGUACUGCAGUGGCAGCUUACGCUGCUGAAUGCCGUAAAAAAAAAGCUUGUGUGGCAUGGCGGAGCCCAAGCAUAUGCCCCUUAUUCUGUGACUACUACAACCCUCCGGGAAAAUGUGAGUGGCACUAUAAAUCCUGUGGACCACCCUGCCUGAAAACCUGCAAAAACCCCUCAGGAACUUGCUCUGAUCAAAUUCCUCUACUUGAAGGAUGUUUUCCUCAGUGCCCUCCAGACACUCCAUAUCUAUUGGAUGAAACCAUGACUUGUGUUAAAGAAUGUUACACUACUACGACUACAACAACAACUACCACUACUACUGUAACACCACCAUCUACAACAACAGAAACAUCUACUGCUAGCUCUACAACAACUACACUGUCAACCACAACUCCUACAACAACUACCACGACUACUGUAACACCACCGUCUACAACAACAGGAACAUCUACUGCUAGCUCUACUAUUACUACACUGUCAACCACAACUCCUACAACAAAGUGGUUUGACAACAGCCGAGCCAGAACAGAUGGCCAAGGACAGGAAAUUGAAAGAAAAAUAUCCUGUGAGAAACCAAACAGAACUGAAUGCAUGACACCACCAUCUACAACAACAGGAACAUCUACUGCUAGCUCUACAACAACUACACUCUCAACCACAACUCCUACAACAACUACCACGACUACUGUAUCACCACCAUCUACAACAACAGGAACAUCUACGGCUAGCUCUACAAGAACUACAGUGUCAACCACAACUCCUACAAUACCUACUACCACUACUACUGUAACACCACCAUCUACAACAACAGGAACAUCUACGGCUAGCUCUACAAGAACUACAGUGUCAACCACAACUCCUACAAUACCUACUACCACUACUACUGUAACACCACCAUCUACAACAACAGGGACAUCUACAGCUAGCUCUACAAUUACUACAGUGUCAACCACCACUCCUACCACUACUACUGUAACACCACCAUCUACAACAACAGGAACAUCUACGGCUAGCUCUAAAAGAACUACAGUGUCAACCACAACUCCUACAAUACCUACUACCACUAGUACUGUAACACCACCAUCUACAACAGGGACAUCUACUGCUAGCUCUACAACUACUACAGUGUCAACCACAACUCCUACAACUACUACCACUACUACUGUAACAUCACCAUCUACAACAGGAACAUCUACUGCUAGCUCUACAACUACUACAGUGUCAAACACAACUCCUACAACAACUUCCACGACAACUGUAACACCACCAUCUACAACAACAGAAACAUCUACUGCUAGCUCUACAACUGCUACAGUGUCAACCACGACUCCUACAACAACUACCACGACUACUGUAACACCACCAUCUACAACAACAGAAACAUCUACUGCUAGCUCUAUAACAACUACAGUGUCAACCACAACUCCUACAACAACUACCACGACAACUGUAACACCACCAUCUACAACAACAAGAACAUCUACUGCUAGCUCUACAACUGCUACAGUGUCAACCACGACUCCUACAACAACUACCACGACUACUGUAACACCACCAUCUACAACAACAGAAACAUCUACUGCUAGCUUUACAACAACUAGAGUGUCAACCACAACUCCUACAACAACUACCACUACAACUGCAACACCGCCAUCUACAACAACAGAAACAUCUACUGUUAGCUUUACAACGACUACAGUGUCAACCACAACUCCUACAACAACUACUACGACUACUGUAACACCACCAUCUACAACAACAGGAACAUCUACUGCUAGCUCUACAACAACUACAGUGUCAACCACAACUCCUACAAUACCUACUACCACUACUACUGUAACACCACCAUCUACAACAACAGGAACAUCUACUGCUAGCUCUACAACAACUACAGUGUCAACCACAACUCCUACAAUACCUACUACCACUACUACUGUAACACCACCAUCUACAACAACAGGAACAUCUACUGCUAGCUCUACAACAACUACAGUGUCAACCACAACUCCUACAAUACCUACUACCACUACUACUGUAACACCACCAUCUACAACAACAGGAACAUCUACUGCUAGCUCUACAACAACUACAGUGUCAACCACAACUCCUACAAUACCUACUACCACUACUACUGUAACACCACCAUCUACAACAACAGGAACAUCUACUGCUAGCUCUACAACAACUACAGUGUCAACCACAACUCCUACAAUACCUACUACCACUACUACUGUAACACCACCAUCUACAACAACAGGAACAUCUACUGCUAGCUCUACAACAACUACAGUGUCAACCACAACUCCUACAAUACCUACUACCACUACUACUGUAACACCACCAUCUACAACAACAGGAACAUCUACUGCUAGCUCUACAACUACUACAGUGUCAACCACAAUACCUACUACCACUACUACUGUAACACCACCGACUACUGUAACACCACCAUCUACAACAACAGGAACAUCUACUGCUAGCUCUACAACAACUACACUGUCAACCACAACUCCUACAACAACUACCACGACUACUGUAACACCACCAUCUACAACAACAGGAACAUCUACUGCUAUCUCUACAACAACUACAGUGUCAACCACAACUCCUACAACAGUUAGCACAACUAUAACACCACCAUCUACAACAACAGAAACAUCUAUGUCUACCAAAUGUUUCUGCAUAUAUGAAAAUGUAAACUACCCAGUGGGUUCAACAAUCAGCCCUCUACAGGAUGAGUGCUAUACUGCUUAUUGCAACUCCUCUUGUUAUAUUGUAAAAAAGAUUCGAUCUGACAAUCACACGACAGACGCAUGCACUGUGUUAACAUGCAAAAAUGGAAAACUCACCCCGGAACCUGUAUAUUGUGAACCAAUAACUACAAACCAUAAAUGUGACAACGGGUUUGAUCCUGUGAAGGUGUAUUAUAACAAUGGCUGCUGCUAUAAGUAUGAGUGUGAAUGUUUGUGCAUGACCUGGGGUGACCCUCAUUACAGAACCUUUGAUGGACAAUACUAUGCUUUCCAAGGAAACUGCACUUAUGUUUUGUUCCAAGAAAUCAUCCCAAGAUACAAUAUCAGUGUCCAUGUUAAAAACUACUAUUGUGAUGUUACAGACCUUCUUGCUUGCCCUGAGUAUGUGACUGUGUAUUACAAAUCCUACAAAAUCAAGCUGACCAGCAAUAAUGAAGUGAUCCAUGUCUAUGUUAAUGAUGAAGAGAAAAAGCCAACAUAUGUAAUCGAUAACAUCAUCAUCUCUACUACUGGCAUGACAGUGACUCUGAAUAUCUCUGAUAUCAAAACUGAGAUUACAGUCGGAGAUUUAGAUGUCAAAAUCAGACUCCCAUUCUCCUACUUUCAUGAUAAUACACAAGGACAGUGUGGGUAUUGUGACAACAACACCAGAAAUGACUGCAGACUUCCUAAUGGAACAAUCGACAAUUCAUGUGAGCACAUGGCACAAUUUUGGAUGGUCCCCCCAGGAUGUGAAUUUUCUCCACCUCCUCAUGUACCUCCUUCUCCAUCUAGCCCUCCAAACAUUACUGUCUGUGAAAUCAUCAAGAGCAAUUUGUUUACAAGUUGCCAUAAUGUCGUUCCCUAUCAGGACCAUUAUAAGGCAUGUGUAUAUGAUGUAUCAAGAAUGGGAAAUGAGUCUGUUGCCUGUGCUAGUGUGGAGGCCUAUGCACAGCUAUGUGGUCAAAAGUCUAUCUGUGUGGACUGGAGAAGCUCACCUGUCCUCAAAGGGCUAUGUGAAUUCAAGUGUCCCAGUCACAAAAUCUACAAGGCAUGUGGACCUAAAGUGGAAAAAUCCUGCAGUACAUCGUACAAUGAUAUGUAUGCAGAGAAAGAAUGUCACAGGAUUGAUUGUAACCAAAUGAUAACGGAAGGUUGUUAUUGUCCUGAUGGCCAAUAUCGGGUUAAUAUGACAUCAAAUAUGUGUACAUCUUACUGCGAUUGCAUUGGCCCUGAUGAUUUACCUAGAAAGCCUGGGGACACAUGGACAGUUGAUUGUAACAUAUAUAAUUGCACCACUUCUGGCAUUCCUUUGAAAAAGCCUGUAAAGUGUCUAACUGAAAUCCCCUGUGCUGACGGAUACAAAAGAGCUGUUAAAAACUGCUGUCCAACUUGUGUUUGUGAUCUUGAGCAAUGUCUUAUGAAGAAAUGUGAUGUGGGAUUUGAAUUAGCAUUAAAUAUAACUGAAGACCGUUGCUGUUCCUGUGUGCCUAAAGAUGUCUGUGUGUACAAUAAUACUGAGUACACGGUUGGAGAAGUCCGCCGUUACACAUGUGAAACUAUUACUUGCCGUCAAAUUAACGGCUCCUUUGUGACUGAGAAGAGCUCUGAGAAGUGCACAUACUCGGGUCAAUUUCACUGUAAACUUGGCUCUGAAUAUGUGAAACAAAAAGAAGACUGCUGUGGAAAGUGUGUACCAAGGAACUGUACUUACAUGGCAGACAACACCACAUAUAUGAUGCGGGUUGGAGAAGUCCACAUUUACAAAUGUGGAAAUGUUACCUGUCGUGAAAUUGAUGGCUCACUCGUGACUGAGAAGAGCUCUGAGAUGUGCACUUACUCAAGUUCACGUGACUGUAAACUUGUUGGAGAAGUCCACAUUUACAAAUGUGGAAAUGUUACCUGUCGUGAAAUUGAUGGCUCACUCGUGACUGAGAAGAGCUCUGAGAAGUGCACUUACUCAAGUUCACGUGACUGUAAUCCUGCUCACGAGGCGUACAAGUUUAAAUGUACAACUGGUACCUGCAAUGAAGUUAAUAACUCACUUGUGAUUGUGGAGAGCAUAAAAAAAUGCCCCGACUUUAAUCCAAAGGAUUGUGAAACCAUAAACUGUGUUGGUGUGAUGAACAUCACCAGCAACUGUGUUCUUGAGAAGAGCAACACCCGUCUGCAUGUCAAUGGUUGCACUUCCAUCGAGGAUGUAGAAGUUACAUCCUGCACUGGCCACUGUGACAGUAAAUCGAUGUAUUCGAUCUACGCGAACGAUUUGAUGCACAGCUGUUCCUGCUGCAAGGCGGCGAAUGUCACCAAUAAAACGGUGACACUGAAGUGUGCCAACAGCAGCGAUAUCCGUCAUAACUACACAUACAUAAACAGCUGCACAUGCACUCCAAUGACGUGUAAAGAUCAGAAUACCAUUGAAUAA